GUACUUCUCUGUCGGUCGAUAUCGGUAACAUAAUCCAGACGAACAUGUUAUAUAAAGCUAUAUAAAAACAGACUAUAAUAACACAGUACUCUGUGUUUAGAAAGGAGACCAAGUUUGAAAUACAGCCGUCCUUUACUUGGUUUAGUUGUAGUGACACACGCGAGUUCCACUACGACCUGUUGUAAGCUAUUUUAUCAACUAAUUAAAACAUGUGUGCUGUCGGUGCCGUCUGAUCCAAGUACCUGUGGUCUGAUCGACCCAAAUACCCGCUGGACAGCGGUUAAAUCCACGUCGGACGAAACCUACUAGACUGUCGACAAGGCUGCUCGUGGCCUGUCGAUCAGUUGUACUCGUUUGUCGGAGCUGUGUAAUACAAUAACAAAAACAUUUUUGAAGACAGUAACAUAUCGGGAUUUUUUUUUUGUUAUUAUUACUUGAUAUGACACAAGGACAUUUUUCAAGAGUCACGUGAUUACCUGUUUCGUCAGGAAUUAAGGAAGUGACAACGUGAAUCGUUCUAAAAUCGUCUAGUGCUGUGAUGUCGAUCGAAUAUUCCAUUUUAAAAUGGGGAAGUGCUUGAUGCUGUAGUUUCAUGAAUUUAUCUGUGUACGCAAACCAAACAGGAUUUCUUUACUUCGUGUGGAUUUAAUACAUAAAGAUGUCUUCACCAAACGUCAACGUUUACCUGGUGAUGUGUUUUAUAUUGGGAGGUAUGCUGAUUCUUCAACUUUUCUUUCAAAUGCGAUGUACGGACAACGAAAACUAUGCACCAAGCCCACAGUAUUCUGAUACCUGCACCGAGACAAUAGAUAUCUCAACAAUAAAGGUAAAUGUGUCAAAUAUCCCUCGGCAGAUAUUUGAUGUAGCCAUGUAUCUGAAAAAGGCGAGGAUUCAUGCAAGGGGAUCUAAAACACAGAGGGCUUUAAAACAUGCAAGUGAGCAUAUGGACGCAAUACUGAAAGGAUUUGGAACCUCCUUUGAAGACGCCACAAAACGGAAAGUGCAUGAACCAAGUAGUAUGUGUCCCGAGUAUUAUGUUGAUAAAAUGAAUGGUUACAAAAUCAGGGAAUGCUCCCAUGCUAAGCCUCUUGAUCAGAUAGUCACAAUUCUUCGUCUCGACCAUGGCUCACCUACAAACACAAAGUUUAUCAAAGAUACCUACGAUACAAACAUCCCAAUGAUAGUUGGUGACUACGGUGGGAAUGUUAAGGAAAAGAGUAAUGUACGUGUAAAGAACAUGGCAUCUUCGGUCAAAGAAGGGGAUGCAUUGAACACAUUAAUGAAAGAAGUAAAAACCAAAUAUACAUUAGUUUUAAGAAAUGUAAUAGGACUUGAUUCAAAUGCAAGACUUGAACGACUUGUGCGUGAGAUUGAAAUUUUAAAUCUUAACGCAGUAGGCGGGGCUAUCAGAAACUCUGAUAAUGUUUGGAGUUUAGGUUGCCAUCAGAGAGUGUUCCAGAACUUCACGAUGGUAUAUAAGGAAGGGUAUGAUGAGUCAAUGCACGACUGUGUGCUUUGUGAUCACGUGGAUGGGCCUUUUCUUAUCAAAACGGAAAAGUUAAAUCAAAUCAAAUUUGAUAGUAGUUUGACAUCUAUGGGAUUAUACGAGGAUUUCUUCAUCAGACUUAAUACGGAGGUUGCUAUUUGUGCUGACUCCUUGUUUGAUAUGGAUUUUCCACGCCGUAGUAAGAUCACAAAUGACUGGGAGAAAUUUGGACGAAAACGGAAUCUUUACAGGUUAAAGUUUUCUUUUGGACUGACUAUAGACUUUGGAUGCAAUUACGCGUAUCCAUGCCAGAGACAAAAAGGGUUUAUUAGAUCACCGUGCUGUAUUCAGGAACUGGCAGACUUAAGUUUUGGUUUCAUGGAUAUGUGUGAAAAAAUAAAUGCAUCGUGUCAAUUGAAUGCUGGAUCAAUUCUCAGUGCUGUGAAAAUGUACAAUAUUAUCCCAUGGGAAGCAGACGCAGAUCUCAACUUUUGGUGUCAAGAUUUUACAAGAUUAAAAAACGCCGGAUUAAAACUGAGUUCAAGAGGCAUACGAGUCGGAGUGGAACAUUUAAGUAAUUGUGCUCCAAAAGCCAUUCCAGCGCAAUUAGGUGCAAGGUCCAAACACUGGCAUGCGGAUAUCUGGUCACGUGAUACGAUGGAAUCAUACGAAGUAAGGUCUAAACUUCGUAAUUUGACCAGAAUUCCACAUAAUGGACAUUUAGUUAACGGAAUGAGAAACCCAGCAUUAUUUGCACGUAAUAUGUAUUCAAAUAUCUUCCUGCACAGACAGCAUUUUAGGGAAGUAGGGACUAAGAAGAUUUAUAUAUUUUCAAAGUGUCCGAAAGGGGACGCGCAUGAUUGCAUAGACAAUUACUAUACGGACGGAAAUAUUCAGUUUCAAGACCCGAUAGCAUAGAAUCGUGGAUGGCUUUCAUAUGUACCGCUAUACAUAAACUAAUUGCAUUUUCAUAGUUGAAUGGUUGAAUGUAUGGAUGGUACAUAAUAAAAUCGAUAGGACAAUUGAAUGUUAAAUUACCGACAUUUUAAUUUGCUCACAAAAGCAAAAUACGAAGUAAACUUCCGGUGUAAUUGCUAUUGGUAUCAAAUAAUGCUUGUGAUAAGAUUUACUUUGAGAUUAUCCAUAUGUCAGUUUCCUCUGUAUCACUAAUUAGACAUGGUCCGAUAUAGUCGGAUUCUAUAACCAUUAACAAUGUGUCAGUAUGGCGCAUCGUUGCUUACAAUGAUAGAAUAGAGCAUAGCAGUGUUUACGUAAAUGACUAUAGGUUUAAGAAUACAUAGUUAUCGCCGUUAGAAUUGUUACAUUUUAAAAUGUCCAUUCUUUACAGAGAGAAGUAAUAUAUCAAAUAAACAGUUAUUCGAAAUAUCGAUAAAAAUUUGAAAAUAUAUUGAUUUGCACGGAGACAUUUAAAACGUACAAGGAGUCAUACAUAUAUUCAAAAUGAACCUAAGGCAUGACACUAAAACCGCAAGGCAUAUCAACAAUGAAAAACAAUGAAACAACGGUCAUGAUACUGCUGUGAAUUCCAAAUCGAUAAGUAGGCCACGGUAUGUGAUACUAAACUCACUUAAAGUAAAGCAUAUUGCACAUUUUCUUGAAUAAACAAUACCGUAUUUACGAUAAAUUUUCCACAAACUGUUUUAAUAAUUACACUCUUUUGAGACAAUGUGGUAUGGAUUUUCUACAUGUAUAUACUGUAGAUAUUUUAGAGGUGUUGUUAUUAAUCGCUUUCCGCGUUGAAAGGCUUCCAUUUCCGCCCACUAAAUUAUGAUACCGCUUCUUAGAAUAUUUAUUUUCUAUGAAAACAAUUUCAAAUGUGUCAAUUCAUUAUUACGCUGAUCUAUUUAAAUUCUGUUAGGCGCUAAAAUUUUAGUCCGCCAAAAUGUUUACAGUAAUAUGUUAAUUGGUAGAAAUACUUCUUCAUUUACAGUGGGAGACACGUCGCUUUAAAUAAAUCUAAAAGUAAACAAAUGCUUGACAAUUGAUCGGGAGUGUUUAAAAUACAUAGGGUCUCCGGGGACGUUCGUUCUUCAGCGGACUUUGGAUACCCACAGCUCGGAGUUUAAAUCCUAUCAUAUAUUGAAUUUACAAUGAUAUCUUCUAUUUGCUAUGAGUCUUUUGUUCAAUGUAUCAUUGACUCUGGCUACUAAAGUAGUAUUGAAUGUCAUCUUCAAUAGUCCGCAGCAAGUUUUCCUGUUCUAGACAUUUUAUCUGACAUAUUCGUCUAUAUAACUAUUGUGACGUCACAAAACAAAGCGCGUGUAUUCGACAAAUGUUGCACCAGUGCAGAUAUUUGCUUGAUUGAUUAAACUCACCAUUGUAUUAAAAACAGACAAUCUCUUAGUAAAUAAAAUGAAAGAUUUACACUCAAAUGUUGAGGAUAUACAAAACCUGCUGAGUACAAACGAGACCUGAUUUAUUUUUCACACUCCCGAUCGAUUAAAAAGAAUCUGGUUAAUUUGGAUUUAUUUAAAGUUACAUGUAUAACAUUUUGAGUGUAGUAGUAUUUCUAUCAAUCAAGGUAUUACUGUUAACAAAGGUAUUUUUGCGGACUCAUACUCUAGCGCACAAAGGACAAUGCCAAUUACCAAAAAUAUAAUUUCGCUGAAAUGUUCAAUUGCUGAAGAAACACAACUAGUAUAUUUACAUUGAACAUGAAUCGCACAUGUUCGAGUAUCAGCAUUUUUAUGAAAAGUCAAUGUUAAACAUCAAAUGAAAGAAAAAAUAAUUAUACGAAAUUACAAAUAUUACAGUUUUUUUUUUCACAUGACUACAUGAAUAUCAAUUCAAUAACCAGGUAGUUAGGCAUGGGGCACGGUAUUCCGAGUAUUGCUCCCUUUCUAUAGUAAAGAAUUUCAUUAAUCUUUGUUAAAAUAUUUCAUAUCUAUUAUUCAUGUCGCAUAAAUGUUUAAUUUACACAUCUAAUAAUGAAGAGAGAGAAAAUGAAUGAGGAGGUACUUAUUAACUAUGGUAUGGUUAAAAUAUAGAGGAUAUCUAACAGUGUUUUCAGUAAUACCAAAUAUAUUUCACGAGUGGGGCUAAUAUUUUGAUAUUUUUCACGAGUGCGCAGCACGAGUGAA